AUGUCGUGUUUAUCAUAUUCCUCACCCUAUCAACUAUUGGAAAUUAGCAUCAUCUCAGCACAAGAUUUAUCUCCUGUUUCGAGUUCUAUGAAAGCCUAUGCAGUCGCAUGGUUAAAUCCAGAACGAAAAUUAGCCACACAGAUUGAUGUAACGGGCCACACCGAUCCUACGUGGAACGAGAAAUUCGUUUUCCGCGUCGACGAUGAGUUUCUCGGAUCGGAAAAUUCUGUUAUAAUGAUCGAGAUAUACUCCUCCGCCUGGCUCCGUGAUGUCCUCGUCGGAACUGUGGCUGUUCUUGUAAACAAUCUCAUCCCGCCGGGAACUCACUCCGGUAACCGGAAACCUAAGCUUCGCUUUGUUGCGUUGCAGAUUCGUAGACCUUCCGGUCGUCCGCAAGGGAUUCUUAACGUUGGCGUUUCGUUGCUCGAUAGCACGAUGAGGAGUAUGCCGUUGUAUUCGGAGUUGAGCACUUCUGGCGUUGGAUUAUGGGAUCGGAUGGAUUUGAAUCCGAACAAGAAGAAGAUUAUUAACAAUUAUGAUAACAGUUCCGCCACGGAUUCGAAGAUGUUAACUCUUCAACGUUGCCAGAGCGAGAAAAACGAUUCGACGGUUAACGAAUAUCCUUAUUACGGUGCCGGGAAAAACGGUUAUAACUGUUAUGAGGAAUCGGAAGUGAGCGCGGUGGUACAGAGGAAAGGCGGGAACGAGGAGUCGUUGUGUUCGGAUGUUGGACCUUCACCGUCUGUUGUUGCAGCGGCAAUAGCGAAGGGAAUGUAUCCGUUACCGGCGAGGAUGAAGAGUCCGGUGGAGAGGGAGAGACGGGUGGUUGAUGAAUGGUCCGAGAGUAAUUGUACGGAAGGGAUGAAUACGAAGAUUGAGAGGUGGCGAAAUGAGUUGACGCCGAUGUAUAAUAAGGAAGAAUGCGACGAAUUGGAUGAGGAGAUUAAGAAGAAAAUGGUGGCGAAGCAAACGCCAAAGCGAAUUGGGAAGACCCCGGGAAGACCUCCGGUGAGUCAAAAAGGGAAGUUUUCGUGUUUUGGAAAAGCUUUUGGGUGUGAGUUUUCGAUAUCUUGUGGAGGAAGUAACCGGAAAAAGAAGGGCGAUAAGACUCGUCUAACCUCAAACUCUGAGCUAACUUAUGAUGAAUCGUUUAUAUGA